CUUUCAAUCUUGCAGAGUGAUAAUAUUGCAGCUCCCAGUUUCAGAAGCUGCCCAGGAUCUGUGUUACUGUAGCCUGUAGGAAGCGCAUACCCCUGCUCCUCGUAGCGAGCAGCAAAAGCAAGGGAGACCACAAAGGAUGCUUCUACCUUUUGGAGCUGUAUUUCAGUCAUUCAAUUGUCCGGAUAGGCACCAGACUAAAGCUCAGCUCGCUUCCAAAAACGACAAUCAAUUGCAGCACUCCAAAGUUGCUGCGUCUUCUGCUCCUGUGCCAGAAGCAUAACCUUGAGGCUGGUAGUGAGGCCUGAUGGGGGAGCCAGCUGACCGCCGCGUGGAAGGUCUUGUACCUAUCUAUGUGAAUCUGACACAUAACACCUUCCAGCUGCAAGAUUGUUUCCUUUACAGAUUGCAGGCUCAUGCUCCCCCUGAACCCAUCAAGGUGGCGCGCAAGAUGUGGGAGGAGCUGGGGGUCCCAGCCGCACUGGAGCGGGUUAUCGCCACACAGUUGAACGUGGGGCUCAAGAAGUACCACAAGAAGGACCUGUGCAAGGAACACCUUGUUGAGGUCAAUCUGAACGUGGAGUUGGAGGGCCGGACGUACAAGGACAGGGUGCUGUGGGACCUGAACGAGCCCCAGAACUCCCCCGACGAGUUUGCCUUUAGCGUCUGCACCGACCUCGGCCUCCCCAUGUCAUUUGUGGACCCGAUCCGUACCGACGUGCUCAAACAGCUGGUUGAAAAGUGGAAGGAGCAACGAGAAGGUUCGUUAAAGCUCAUUGAGACCCUGCAAGUUGAGCGGGGACUGAAGCGCAAGGAUGACGAAGCCGAGUUGUGGACUCCUUUGGUAAAGAGGGCUGACAAACGGCCAAAAGUAGACGUAGGCAAAAGCACGACCACUGAGGGCCAACCAGUUGAACGAACAGAGUGAUUCCCCUUGCUGAUGCUGGCUCCUGCACAAUGAGGUGAUGUAUAAUUUCAGUCCUUGCUCAUCUUGCAGCUCGGUUGCUAUGAGUAUCAUGACAUGCAGUUGAUCAAGGAAACUCGAGGCGUUUGAUAAUGUUGAGAGGGGUCUUUCUAGGGAGUCUCUUUGAUGUUGCAAGCAAAGAUGCCCAGUAUAAGAGCACAUUGCGAUAAAUCUGGGCAGCAAUAGAUACAAAUCUGUCAUCUUGUUCUUUAAGCACGACAGAGCACGAAUUCGCUUAAGCCCUAGACCUGUAACCCGUCUCGCUCAGAUGAGUGAGGCACAAUGCGCUGUUCCCUAUAUUGAUGCCCGCAAGUCAUUACUAGAAGUCAGC